GCUCCCCUUUCCCCCCCCGCAGCGCGGUGGCCGACUAGCUCCAGCGGUCCGCGGAGUGGGCGCGCGCCGGGGUCGCGCGGCAGCCGAAGGGGGCGGGCGCGCGCAGGAGGAGUGGAGGCGUAGGGGGGCGGGGGACCGCUCGCUUGCUCGCAAGAUGGCGGACGAGGACGGGGAAGGGAUUCACCCCUCAGCCCCGCACCGGAAUGGAGGCGGCGGCGGGGGGUCUGGGCUCCACUGCUCCGGGAACGGUGGCGGGGGAGGCGGCGGCCCGCGGGUCGUGCGCAUUGUCAAGUCCGAAUCCGGCUACGGCUUCAACGUGCGGGGCCAAGUGAGCGAGGGCGGGCAACUGCGGAGCAUCAACGGGGAGCUGUACGCGCCGCUGCAGCAUGUGAGCGCCGUGCUGCCCGGGGGGGCGGCCGACCGGGCCGGGGUGCGCAAGGGGGACCGCAUCCUGGAGGUGAACGGCGUGAAUGUUGAGGGGGCGACACACAAGCAGGUGGUGGACCUGAUCCGAGCAGGCGAGAAGGAAUUGAUCUUGACAGUGUUGUCUGUACCUCCUCAUGAGGCUGAUAACCUAGAUCCCAGUGACGACUCCUUGGGACAAUCAUUUUAUGAUUACACAGAAAAGCAAGCAGUGCCCAUAUCGGUCCCCACAUACAAACAUGUGGAGCAGAAUGGUGAGAAGUUUGUGGUAUACAAUGUUUACAUGGCCGGGAGACAGCUGUGCUCUAAGCGGUACCGGGAGUUUGCCAUACUGCACCAAAACCUGAAGAGAGAGUUUGCCAACUUUACAUUUCCUCGACUUCCAGGAAAAUGGCCAUUCUCAUUAUCAGAACAACAGUUAGAUGCCCGGCGUCGGGGGUUGGAAGAAUAUCUAGAAAAAGUGUGUUCAAUUCGAGUCAUUGGUGAGAGCGACAUCAUGCAGGAAUUCCUGUCUGAAUCUGAUGAGAAUUACAAUGGUGUGUCGGAUGUAGAGCUGAGAGUAGCAUUGCCUGAUGGAACAGCUGUCACUGUCAGAGUUAAAAAGAACAGUACUACAGACCAAGUGUACCAGGCUAUUGCAGCAAAGGUUGGCAUGGACAGUACAACAGUGAAUUACUUUGCCUUAUUUGAAGUGAUCAAUCAUUCCUUUGUACGUAAGCUGGCACCUAAUGAAUUUCCUCAUAAACUCUACGUCCAGAAUUAUACAUCAGCUGUGCCAGGCACCUGCCUGACCAUUCGCAAGUGGCUCUUUACAACAGAAGAAGAAGUCCUCUUAAAUGACAAUGACCUUGCUGUUACAUACUUCUUUCAUCAGGCUGUUGAUGAUGUAAAGAAAGGUUACAUUAAAGCAGAAGAGAAGUCUUACCAGUUACAGAAGCUAUAUGAACAAAGGAAGAUGGUCAUGUACCUCAACAUGCUAAGGACCUGUGAGGGCUACAAUGAAAUCAUCUUCCCUCACUGUGCCUGUGACUCCAGGAGGAAGGGGCAUGUGAUCACAGCCAUCAGCAUCACGCACUUUAAACUUCAUGCCUGCACUGAAGAAGGGCAGCUGGAGAACCAGGUAAUAGCGUUUGAAUGGGAUGAGAUGCAGCGAUGGGACACAGACGAAGAAGGAAUGGCCUUCUGUUUUGAGUAUGCGCGAGGAGAGAAGAAGCCUCGAUGGGUUAAAAUCUUCACGCCAUAUUUCAAUUACAUGCAUGAAUGCUUUGAGAGGGUGUUCUGCGAGCUCAAGUGGAGAAAAGAGGAAUAUUAGUUAGAGACUGAUUAUCCCAUGUGAGCCAGGACAUUCUCCCAGCGAGGCUGGCCUCUGGAUGGUGAAUGGGCUAUGCAAAAAAGCCCUGCUUCUCCCCUUGUGUAGAGGGUGGACACUGGCUGCAGGCUCUCCCGUCUCUCAUGACCUCAUGGACCCUCUUCUGCCUGUUUGUUUGAUUUUUUGAUGUUGUUGUUUGUUUGUUUGUUUUUUAAUUAAAUAACCCUCCAUGCUGUUCCUGACCCAGGGGAGCGCCUGUCCAGAGUUUUAGCCAUCUGACUGGAUAAGUCACAGUAGAGGCUUUGUUCACUAACCAAGAGCAUAAAUGUGGAGGAAAUGUUUUGCUGCUGUUAUUUAUAGGUGUCAGUGUUGGAGCAGAAUUUAGAAGAUUCUGUCUAAAUGCUUAGCUACUUAUUCUCAAAGAAAAAGUAUAGUCAGUCACAUGGAAGUUGGUGUUCUUGCUGUAGUAGAAAGAACACUGGGCUCUGGAAGUCAUCUGGAAGCCUCCUGCUUCUUGUAUCUGUGAUUUUGGGCAUAGCAACCUCCUUAGAUCUGAUUGUCCAUUUUGUAAAAGAGGAAGACUGAGCCAGGUGGUAAAUAUUCAGAGUCCUCUGUGCUCUGACAGCUGUGGCUCAGAGGGAUUGUUGAGUCUGGUUGACAGCUGGCUUUGCUGCUCCUGUCGUGUUGGAGAGUUGUCUCCAGAGUGGAGCUUGUGCUGCCCCUCAGUAACUCUUCUUCUUUUUUUUUUUUUUUCCUUUCAGAAUAUUUUCCAGAUGGCGAGGUCACAGCAGAGGGAUGUGGCCACCUAGCCUUUCCUCAUCCCUCCCUUCUCUUUGCCCUCAGCCUCUUAGCCUUCUCAUCUCCCAUGUCAGACAGUAACCAUUAACAAAAAAGAAGAAAAAAAGGAAAAAGUCAUUAUAUCCCAAAGUCCUAAGCUAAAUAUUAUUAAUAACGUCCUGUGAGUUUUCCGUCUCUGGGACUGAGCUGGUAGAGAGCAGCAGGUUGAGAGUGCCAGAUGUCCACUGAGCUCAGACAGACACACGCCCAACCAGCUCGCCAAAGGCAGCUUUGUCGUUUUACCCGGGCCUCAUACCAACAGACUCUCCUUGUACUAUGUUUUUAAACUGGAACUAUGAACUCCAUCCAUCUGCACUGUAAAGCAUAUAUAUGUAUGUAUGUAUGUAAAAAGUUAUAUAUACACAGAUUAGCUGCACGUAUAUACAUAUAUAUAUUUCUUUUUAAAUUUCAUAUUGAUGGCAGUACCUUUUUUAGCUUGUGUUUUUACACACCUUUCACUGAAUUCAUGACCUCUCUCUCUUGCUCUCUUUAUUUUGAAACAAACUUUAAAAAGGAAAAAAAAAAUACAGGGAAAAUACCUCUCCUCAUGAAGGACUCGAAAAGUUUACAACCUGCUUGGGUUUUCUUCCCUUUUUUGUAUUGAGUACAGUUUCUGGCUGUUGGUUUGCCAUAGAGUCUGAGGAGCGAGGAAUGUAGUAUCUGUAUGUGCAAGAGGGUCCUGAGGAGGAGAAAGGCUGUUUCUCAAGAGCAGUGAGGCUGCGGGGACUCUAACGACCUAUAGUCUCAAUUCCAAGUCAUUUUCCUGGUUCAUUGGUUGACUUUGAGUCCAUCCUGCAUCUCCUUCCUGUUUCUUUAGGGUCUUUUGUAUGCUUCCUUACCUGACCCAAGACAGAGUUGAGAGUCAUCUGAGGAAGCUGUUACCAUAGGAGACUGGCUCUUCUGCAACAAGGAUCAUGUUAGGAGUAAAGCUUGACAUCUGAGGCACAAAGGUUGGGCAUAUGGAGGGAAGGAAGGAAGCAAUGCUUCAUAUUUAUAAGGCCUUCCCUCUGUUCCUGUCCAGUAACCAUCUAUAUUUACAUUCUCCAUGAGGUCUUUACAGUUGUGUGUGGAGGGAGUGCCUUGGGUAACUUAGAGUCUGGGUCUCUGCCAACCAAAUCAGAGCUCUGUUCAUGACAGCUGAGGGCCCAAGUGGGAAUAUGGUCAAUUUUAGUUGACCACCAUCAUCUACUCCAAAGGAGACUGAAGAGAAAUCUCUUAAAGAGUUCUUUACAUGGGGCUAGGGCUGGGGCCAGAGCCAGGGCUGGGGCUGGUUCAGUCGGUAGAGUGCUUGCAGAGCGUGCAUAAAUUAGCCUUAAGUUCCAUCCCCAGUACCACAUAAGACUUGGGUGUUGUAGUGCACACCUGUAAUCUCAGCACUUGGGAGGGGAAUGCAGGAAACUCAGAAUUUUCAAGUUCACCCCUCAGCUACCUAAUGAGUUCAAGGCUAUCCUGGAUCACAUAUUCAAAAGCAGAAGGGUUCCUUACUUGCUCCUGCACUAUGACCUCCUGAGACCUAAAAGUCAUUGGGACAGAGGCCAGGCUGGCACUAGAGUAAUAUUCCCAAACCUUGAGUUCUUGUGUAAGGAACGCUCAGCUUAGGUACAACUAAAACACAUGUUUGAAACUUUUUAUCUACUUUUCCUUCGAUACUGAAGUCUCCAUAGGCUGCAUCUUUGGCUUUAUGUAGCUGAAGCAGCCAGAAUUGGAUGUUGCUUGCAGUGUUGGAUUUGGUUUCAAGUUUCGUUCACGCCGUGGCUUUUCGGAGCAUUAUGAGCCACUUGUCAUAAUGAAGGUGUGAAAAGGAAGGUGUGAACCUUUUAGGGCAGCCUGUCCCUCCCCUCUCCAAACUUGUGGGACCACAAAGUACAAAAUAUGGUGAGUGUUUAGAGUUGAAGAGGGCAGUACCUGGUUGGAAGGCUUUAGUCAGGAUCAACUCUCCCUCUCGGUUUUAAUGAAUCUGAGUACCUUGAGAGGACGAGUUGAUUUCCUCCCAAGAUGGAUGCUCUGGAGGCCAGCUGUGUUCAAACUGUAAAAAUAACAACAUUGCAGCCCAUUCCCUCAGGGGGAGAGCCUAUCCUACAGCCUUCCAGAGUAGAGACAGGGCUUUGGAGGUCCUGAACAGUCAGCCCCAAAUGUGCUGGGGUUAGCAGAAUCUGUCUAGUCUGCUACCAAAACACCCAGCUGCAGCAGGGAGAUAGGAAGAGGUUGGUCCCAAAGGCUCCCAGUGGGGCUGCAGUGUGAGGAGGAGGUCACUCCCAGUGGGGCUGCAGUGUGAGGAGGAGGUCACUGUGGCCUAGAGGCCCACAGGAUCAAGUUUUUUUGCAUGAAGCAGUGUUAGAUGUAACUACUCCAUCCUCCCAACCCCCUGCAUUUCCUUUCUCUAAUCCCUUCUAUGUUUCUUAGUCCUGGCUUCUGCCCAGGGAGGCAUCUGCAGUUUUCUUGGGCAGUUUGUCUCUGGGAAAGGGAUUUCCCUCCCAGCUCCACUCCAGCCGGAUCUUCCUGGUUGCCAGUUGUUGCUCCCUCCACACUGAGUUUCUGUUCUCUGAGACUAAAACUCAGACAUGUUUAUGGAGCAGGAAAAUACUUAGGUCCUGAGAAGCCUGGCGCUCUAGGAAGCUUUGCUUGGGCAGUGCUUUGAGCUCGCUGCGCUUUGUAAUUUUAUCCUGGCCUUGCCCUUGCCCUUGCCCUUGCCCUUGCCCUUGCCCUUGCCCUUGCCCUUGCCGAGGCCUAAGCUCAGCACAGCUACAGAUGUGUCAGUGUUCAGGGCAGCUCCCAGGCCUUGACAGAGCUCUCAGGGAGGAACAAGGUAAAGGAUCUAGCAUCCUCUUGACUGGCCCAUUUAAUUUUAUCCUUUAGUUACCUGGGCCAGUAGCUUUGAAUUUUCCCCCUUUUAUUGCUCCAAAUAUGAUGCCCGAAGCAGCAAAAUAGGGCACUGAUAAGAAGGAGCACCUCUCUCCUCUCAGAAUUUCCAGCUUAAGGGCCAGCUCCUAGAAAGCAGUUUUCUUAAAGGGACCUACAUGCAUUUGAAUUGAGCUAAAGUCUCCAGGAAUGGAGGCCCUUUCUGCCCUGCUGACUAUUAUGCUGUCUGGAGGGACAGCCUCAGCACACCGAUGCUCCUUCAUCAGUUGUAUGGGUUGCUUUAACUUCUUUUUGGAGGAGCAGCAAUGUGGCAGAAUACUUAAGAGCUAGUGGGAGGGAGAAUGCUUCAGUCCUCCAUCUUGGGUUCUUCUUAGUCUAACCCUCAGCAUAUCUGUCGGGCCUCCUUUACCUGGAUAACAGCAGCUUCUUUCUCAGCAGUAACUGAGGGUGCAUGGAAAUAAGGCUCUGGGGAGGGGCGAGACUGGAGAAGGACUGAUCCUGGUAGGAGCACUUGGCCAGCUGCUGACCAUGGGUGCCAACUUGUUAUCAUGCCCCUUCUAAGCUGGUGAGCUGGGCUUCAGUUUUUCCCAGGCCAUGCACACUUUUAAUUUAUUUGAGAGAAACUAAUUGUAUUUUCACUGCAGUAUCUUGUACUUUUAUUUGUGAUUUACGAAAUGUGAAGAGAAAAUGCAGAGACCCACUGGCUCCAGUGUUUCUCCAGCCCCUGCUCUAGAGCUAACCACUCUAAGAUUGUUUGGUAAUGUCACUUAGUGUAAUUAAUUGUAACAUAUUCUUUUAAAUAAAUUGAUUUAUUGAUGAAACAA